UUAUAAUAUAGUCUUUUAAUGUUUCAUCAUGUGUCUCACAACCUCUCAUUUUCUCCACCCUGGUUGCUUUUUGUUGGGAGUGAUUAUAAAGUAACCCACCCUGGAGUUAUUUGCAACCCAAUUUGUGGCUGGACCCACUUCAUUGAGGCUGGACGCCGGUAUCGGCUUUUCACACCAAAAUCCCUCACUUUUUGUCCAAUUUACAUUAACCUUAUCCACACACACAACCACCCGCACAACAACCCGUAAAUUGAAGCCGUCAUUACAACCCGUCAGCAGCAACAAUGCAGCAUAUCUUUAAGUCCGAAUUUCCGACCUUUUCCGCCGCGGAGACGGAAUUACAUUCCGCCGCCAAGGCUGCCAGCUUCAGCCUUCUUGUCAUGACGAAGAAGCCCAAUGCUACUGCCCCUCGUAGGGCGGUAUUCCGCUGCUGUAAGGGCCGGAAGUAUGCCUCGCAGUCAGCGGAAGGGGUGCACGUGACCAAGAAGAGGAAGACUCGUACCCAGAUGACCGAAUGUCCCUUCAAAAUUGCGCUCAAAUUGGUGCGCGGCAGCGGCGGCGGAGAAGUGUGGGAGAAGGCUGAGGCGGAAAUGUCAUGUGACCUGCCUAUUCGGGAAAGUCAGAUUCCCGAUCGGGAAGGUCAGCCUCACGCUCAACCAAUCAAAUCAACCGACCCCGCGCCGGCUACCGACACCACAGCAGCGGCUGCUGCAGUGGAAGCCGCAAUUUUGCGUGCCGCGUCGCAACCUCAAUCAAACCCUCCACCUUCCACCGCCCCUGCUGCAAUCAACAUAUCCAAAGAGUCAACCACAACACUAGGACUGAAAAGGCUGGAAGCAGGCGAUUCAUAUGAGCCCGGCACCGAAUUGCACAGGUCAUACAUGCGUGCGUUCCAGCGCUUGGAAGAUGCCUCUGACGAUGAAGGCAGCGACGCAGCCAGCGGCGCCGGCGACGCUGUAGCCGCUCAACCACCAAAGGAAAUACCGUCUCUGACUGAGAAAAAUAUCACUGAUGCCUUCACUCAAUUCUCAAGGUGGUCAAAUACAGAUGCACCAGGUAAAUCAUUUUAUCCCGGCUUCGAGGAAUGUAUGUACAGACUAGCACAAGAGAUUGAGGCGGGAGGUCAUGAUGAUAUAUUUGACGAUAAUAUCAGUGACUUCAGUGACGUCACUGACGAUUUGGAACUUCCCGAUAGUGGUCCCUCUAUUGAGGUAUUAGGUGGUUAGAUAUGCAAGGAAUAACAUGGUCAUUAUGUG